UAACCGUCAAUCUUUGUUUCUAAAUUUAUUGUGAAUAAUUUGUGAAUCCAAGUUUUGAUUAAACUAAGCAAAUAUGUGUGAAAUAAAGCAAAAUUUCGUGACACACGAUCUGGUGCACAAUCUGCGUUGCAAUAAGCGCUGUCCGAGGGUUCGACACCUCAUGAAAAAGACAAGAAUCUGGCCAGGAGCGCGAUUUAUGUGCGUUUGCAAGGAGGGGGAUUUGAAUACGGCUGCAUAUUGUUUGGCCGAGUUGAUGCACGAGCCGUUCCAGCCAUUUCCCAUGGCCACCGUGGCAGUGCAUCAUUCGAUCCGGGACGAGUUCAUCGAGAGGUUGAGGAGUCGGUUCAGGCAGCUGAAGCCACACGUGGCCAAUCAUCCGAACUUCAUAAGAGCCGUCAAUGAGCUGAAGUACGGUUUGCGACCAGUGAAAUAUGUUCUGGCCGAUGUGGCCGAUGCUCCGGCCUGCGCCAGUCCCAUCUUGGUGACGGAAGGCGUCACCCACUUGUUCUUUCCCAGCGGACCCUCGGGAUGCACCACCCUUCAUACCUUCAGUAGCAUGCGGGAGGUGGCGCUGGUCUUUGGCAAGGAGACGCCCAAAUUCGAUGCGGUCUACUUCUUCGAUGAGACCAUCACGGGUGUCUACAUCUUGGCCAAGCUCAUCAAUUGUGUGCAGUUCUUUGUGAACUGCAUGGAUGCCUGCCUGGUGGAGAUUAUGCCCCACUACUUGGAGCACACGCCCAUGGUGAUCUACAAGCGGGGAUAUCACUACGAGACCCUGCAACUAGACCAUCAGUGGAAGAUCAUUGUGUUCCCCUACAGCACCUCCAUCCUGAGGCAGUGCUGCUGUCCCACUGGCCAGUGCCGCUGCUAUGCCACCCAUUCGGCCUGCUGUGAGGACCAUUUGCAGAGUUAGGGAAUGCAGGAUGUGCAUUCCCUCCUCUCAGAGCCUAGCCCACUCCGAGCCACUCCUGCUGGUAAUUUCGGCGGGGAACUCCAUCUUGGCAAAGGAAAUCAGAACUUCCUCCGUCUGUUCUUCGACUGCCGGCGUCGCUCCAGAAAUCCGCAGUUCCAAUGAGUAGUUUGCGACUGGCAACACAUGUGAGCCAUAAUUUUCGCGGUACUUGCCUUUUGGAUGGCAAAUAAAGUGGUUAUUGGCUGUGGUGAA